AUUGGCGGGAGGAUUCGGACGGCGGGACAUUCCCGGGCUGUGACAGGCGCCGGGGAGCGGCCGUUGGGGCAGCGCGCUCCCCUGCCCCUCCCGGUGCCGCAGCCGGGAUUAGAGCCUCCUCGCUAAGUCCUGUCCUGCGCUGAGGCGGCGGCUUUAGCCCUGAGCCACCCUCCUCCCCCCGCGGCAUCCCGCCCUGCCCUGCCCGGCCCGGCCGAGCUCAGCUAAGCCGCGGUAAUCGCCGGCGCCCAGCUCGGCCAGGGCCGCCGGGCCUGGGCCCGAUCGCGGGCAGAGGCCUACCCCCACCUCCCCUCCUUUCGCCUCCUCAUCUCUCCCGGGCGCGGCCAUGGAGCCGCGGCGGCCGCGCCACUGCGCCCCGUCCUCGCCGCCGGGUCGUGGCGGGCGGGAGAACAAGGGGCUCCGUCGGAAGGGCCCGCCGGGGGCCGGCGGCCCGGAGGUGGCGGCGGACGGCAGGAAGCCCAAAUUCCACUUAAAUAUCAAGACACUGACAGAUGAUGUGUUGGAUAGGUUUGCCAGUAUAAGAAUUCCAGGAAGUAAAAAGGAAAGACCUCCUCUGCCACAUAUGAAGCAGUCACACUCUACAGAUUGGUCAUCCACACCUAUGGAUGCAGAGGAUUUUGCUCCAAAACCCCUGUCGGAAAGAGAAAUCAUAGCGCUGUUUGAAAAAAUGAUGGAAGAUAUGAAUUUAAAUGAAGACAAGAAGAUGCCAUUGAGAGAAAAGGAUUUUAAUACCAAAAAAGAAAUGGUGAUGCAAUAUAUUAGCACUGCUUCGAAGUCUGGAAGUCUUAAGAACAGUCGGAAGAUUUCACCCCAAGAGUUCAUUCAGGAGUUAAAGUCUGGAUCAACAGAUGAAAGACUAGUCACUUGCUUAGAAUCUCUCCGUGUGUCCUUGACAAGUAAUCCUGUCAGCUGGGUUGAGAAUUUCGGCCGAGAAGGUCUGGGGCUGCUGUUGGAUGUUUUGGAAAGAUUGGUUGAGACAAAAAACCAGGACAAAGUUGUGAAGAGGAGUCAGCAUAAGGUUAUACAGUGUUUGAGAGCCUUCAUGAAUAAUAAGUAUGGAUUGGAAAGAAUUUUGGGAGAAGAGAGGAGCCUUUUGUUGCUGAUCAAAGCAAUUGAUCCCAAGCAAACUAACAUGAUGACAGAUAUAGUUAAACUCAUUUCUGCAAUGUGCAUUGUAGGAGAGGAAAACAUCCUUGAAAAAAUUUUGGAAGCUGUAACAGCAGCAGCAGAGGAAAGGAAUAUUGAUAGAUUCUCUCCUAUUGUAGAAGGUCUUCAGGAUAACUCAGUUCAGCUGCAAGUAGCUUGCAUGCAGCUCAUCAAUGCUCUUGUUACAUCUCCUGAUGACUUGGAUUUUAGGCUUCACAUCAGAAACGAAUUUAUGCGCAGUGGACUGAAAGAGAUAUUACCACAACUGAAAUGUAUAAAGAAUGAAGCACUAGAUAUUCAGCUGAAAGUGUUCAAUGAGCAUAAGGAAGAAGACAUGAUCGAAUUCUCUCAUCGUUUAGAAGAUAUUAGAUCAGAACUAGAUGAAGUAAAUGAUGUUUACAACAUGGUGUGGAAUACAGUUAAGGACACUAGUGCUGAAGGAUAUUUUCUUUCUAUUCUCCAACAUCUUUUGCUGAUAAGAAAUGAUUAUUUUAUACGUCCACAGUAUUUCAAAUUAAUUGAAGAGUGUGUGUCCCAGAUAGUGUUACAUCGAAGUGGAACAGACCCAGAUUUCACGUAUCGUAAAAGAUUAGAUAUAAAUUUCAGCCACUUAGUAGACAUUUGUGUAGAUAAAGCAAGGUUAGAAGAAUGUGAAGAGAGGGCUGCUGAACUUUCCAGGAAAUUUGAAAAAGAUUUUGUAGUUCAUCAGGAGACCCAGGCCCUACUGCAAAAAAAGGAAGAAAGAAUCAAUGAACUUGAAGCAGAAUUACAGGCUUUUAAAUCACAGUAUGGCUCCUUGCCACCUGGUUUUCUACCAGCAACAUGUGGAGAUGCAUCUGUCAUUCCACUGGAAACUGCAGGACCACACCAAUUGCUGCCACCUCCUCCUCCACCGCUGCCUUCUAAUGGAGCAAUUCCUCCACCACCGCCUCCCCCUCCUCCUCCUCCUCCACUUUUGAAUGGCUUGGGAAUUCCUCUGGCUUUUGGUGGUGCUCCUCCACCACCACCUCUACCAGGCCUGCCUGGAGCACAGCGGUCUCCACUUCUGUGCACUUUGCCAUUUGGAAUGAAGCCUAAAAAAGAAUUCAGACCUGAGGUUACCAUGAAAAGACUCAACUGGUCCAAGAUCAGGCCUCAGGAAAUGACAGAGUCCUGUUUUUGGGUUAAGGCAGAAGAGGACAAGUAUGAGAAUGCUGACAUGCUUUGCAAAUUGGAACUUACAUUUUGUUGUCAAAAAAGGGUAAAAAAAGAGGAGGAGGAUUUUGAAGAAAAGAAAUCCAUUAAGAAACGAAUCAAAGAAUUAAAAGUUUUGGACCCAAAGAUUGCACAGAAUCUGUCAAUUUUCCUUGGCUCUUUCCGAGUGCCUUAUGAGGAAAUCAAAAUGAUGAUAUUGGAAGUAGAUGAAACACAGCUGUCAGAGUCCAUGGUUCAGAAUUUAAUAAAACAUCUUCCUGAACAAGAACAAUUGAAUGCAUUGUCCAAGUUCAAGAGUGAGUAUAGUAAUUUGUCUGAGCCGGAACAGUUUGGAGUUGUGAUGAGCAACGUGAAGAGACUACGGCCACGGCUCAGUGCUAUUCUUUUUAAGCUUCAGUUUGAGGAGCAGGUGAACAACAUCAAACCUGACAUUAUGGCUGUCAGUGCUGCCUGUGAAGAGAUAAAGAAGAGUAAAAGCUUUAGCAAACUGCUGGAACUAGUAUUGUUAAUGGGAAACUACAUGAAUGCAGGUUCUCGGAAUGCACAAACCUUUGGAUAUAAUCUCAGCUCCCUAUGUAAACUGAAGGACACGAAGUCGGCAGAUCAAAAAACAACAUUGCUCCAUUUUCUUGUAGAAGUGUGUGAAGAAAGCUAUCAGGAUGUCCUGAAUUUUGUUGAGGAUUUUCAGCAUUUAGAUAAAGCCAGUAAAGUCUCAGCAGAAAACCUGGAGAAGAGCCUGAAGCAUAUGGAGAGGCAACUCCAACAGCUUGAGAAGGAUUUGCAGACUUUUCCAGUUCCUGAAGAUAAGCACGAUAAGUUUGUAGCAAAAAUGUCAAGCUUUCUAGUUCAUGCCAAAGAAGAUUUUCAGAAACUUUCACGGAUGCAUGAGAACAUGGAAAAACUCUAUCAGAACGUCAUGGGAUAUUAUGCCAUUGAUCUGAAGAAAGUUUCAGUGGAAGAGUUUUUAACGGACUUAAACAACUUCAGGACAAUGUUCAUGCAAGCAGUAAAGGAGAAUAUAAGAAGAAGGGAAGCAGAAGAAAAACAGAGGCGUGCUAAAAUAGCUAAGGAGAAAGCAGAAAAAGAAAAACAAGAGAGGCAACAAAAGAAAAAGCGCUUGUUAGAAAUGAAAACAGAAGGUGAGGAGACUGGAGUGAUGGAUAGCCUGUUGGAGGCCUUGCAGUCAGGUGCAGCUUUUCGAGACCGAAGGAAAAGGACACCCAGGUCUAAAGACAUACCACAAGAUCUCAGUCCAACCACACAGAGGCCUGUGCUGAAAGCUUGUAACCAUGAGAACCAGAAAGGACAACUAGAGAAGUCAUGUUCGCGCCACAGCAGCAGUUUAAACUUGACAAGAAGCCCAGUCACCAAAGAGGUUACUUAUGAUGUGGAAACAAGUUCUUCUAAAGUGUGGAACAAGGCUGUUGGGAGGAAGGAAGCCUGUCAUGGAGAAGGCAACAAAGAAAAGAAAAUAGAUCGUAUCCAGUCUCCUUCUAAGGGAGAAGCCAUUCCAGAAGUAGAAGCUCUCCUGGCAAGACUGCGAGCACUAUAGAAUAAUCGCAUAGAGGAUUCAAUCAUAGCUUAAAAACAAGCUAUAUUAGGCUACAUCUUUAAAGAUACACAAUACUUCUUAACUGAUUGUUUGCAAAAUUGUACAAAGCGACACUAUAGUUUUGCAUAACUGCAAGAUUAUUUUAAUUUUAUGUUUUUACCUACUAAGCGUACAAAAAAUAUCGGAAGAAGCAGAUACUGAAUUACUCCAAGGCGCAAUCCUUCUAGUGGACAAACUGCAGACUACACGUUUUGAGAGCUUCUCAAAAUAGGAAUAUCUUUUAACUAUUGUUAAAUCAUCAUGCCUAGGAAGAAGAGUCAGUAAAUAACAGAAAAGGUAUCCUUAUUUUCUACUGCAAUUGCUAUACUUGAGAGGUUUGAGCACCUAAAAAGUAUUAUUAUAGCAUCCUUUGCGAUAAUAGUAAUAGGAAAUAUGUAUCAUAUAAAUCAGCCAUGUUCCAGCUUGAGUUCAUCAAAAAGCACCAAAGUUCGCUGAAUUAUAUAUGUAUUUAUAAAAUGGAAAUCAAUGGACAGUAAACAAAAAAUCUAUGCAAAUUAUAUACUUUAUGCGUGAUUAUUAUAUAGCUGCUGUUAAGCUUAGUUAUGAUUAUUAUAUCAAAAUAAUAUAUACAAUUUCUGUGAUUGCAAGGUUUUGCAAUUGUGUCCAUAGUGGGGGAAAAUGCCUUCACAGUUAUUUCCCAGUGUAAUUUUUUACCUUUUCACAUGUGAGUUAAUAUGUUUCUAUAAAAGGAACAUGUAAUGGAAAAGGUUUUUACAAUUGGUUUUUCACAAACUCAUUUUCCAGUAGCCCGUAAAGUCUUAUUUGCUGGCACAAUAGGAAUCUUGCACAUAAUUGCAUCUCUUUUAUCGUGCUGUCAUUGUACAUUGUUACACGUUCGCUAUCGUAUUUAUUAAUUGCACAUCAUAAAGAAUCACUACCUAUGUUACCAAGUAGGAAGCUACUGUUAGUAUCUUUGCUCCAUUAUUUAAAGCUUCCAUAUUAUAAGAGUGUAUUAGGUACCUAAUAUCUUUCUUCUAAAUUACUCUAUUUUUCUUUACAAAAUGCUGAAAAAAUGUCUUUCCAUAAGAGUCGGUUACAUGAAGCCAGUGUUUCAAUGCUCCAGUGCUUUUUAUAUCCUUGUUUAAGUUGCCUUCAUACUUCCUGCACUAAACAUUAAUAAAGUUAAUUAGAACUCGGAAACUGGGCCUGUUUAUACAUACUGGAUGGAGAGGUUUUUGGCCAUCAUGGGAAUCAAUCUCAUGUUUCUGGGGCUGUUGUAACUGUCAUUAUACACUCUAAUUACAUUUCCCGCCUUAGCUGAAAAAAAUAAGAGGUAUAAAAAGAAAUCAGGAAAAGAUACAAAGAAAGCCUAUCAGACAGUCAUUUCUUCAGCUCUCCUUGCAAACAACGGGCAGAGCUGUCAUACAAGGCUGCCUUUGGUAACAUGAAAUUGCAUAGACUGACCAUAGAAUUGGGACUUAAUGCAUCUUAAGGGGAUAACUAGAAAUACAACUCUUACUGGUUCUUCUACUAAGGUCUUCUGCACCUCCACUGUUAAGACUUACUACUCCUGUUUACAGGGUGCAGUAAAAAUUACUAUCUGCGAAGUACAAUAUGCUCGACUAAAUAAAAUGGUAUUUCAAACACAAAAUGCAUGUCGAAGGAAAAAAAACCCUAACCAUUCACUCAAUGUCUUCAGUUGUUGAGGAUGUGCUAAAAUAAAAGGGCUCGGAGUAGAGAGCUGUCUCUGAAAUACUAGCAGGAUGACCUACCAAGUGAAGGUGGAAGUACAAAUUCAUUUUCCUGAACGCAGUAAAAUUGUUCAUUUGAAUUAGUGGGUAAUACUCCACAACAGGAAUCUGACAGUUCAGGACACUACUGUGUAGUUUAUCAAGCAAGGAAAAGUUACAAUACUGUCUGUCUACUGUCUAUCUACUUUCAAUGAACAAAAUGCUACUGGCAGCCUAGCGUCUUCUGAUUUUAAAAUAAAUAUUUACAUUUAAAAUUAUAGAUCUUAAGCUACCUUUUCUUACAGUGUGAGAAGCUUUUAGAAACAUAUUCCAGGGCUUUUAGUCCUUCUAAGAUAUUGUGUUUCUGAAUUAAUCCUCUCAAGCAGCCAUCAAGUUAAUUCACCGUUUCUUUUGUAUAGCUAGGAGAAUAAAAAAAAAAAGCUGUACAGCUUCUUAGAAUCCAUGUAAAUACCAUACGUCAUUUUUUUCCCCUUCAGUAUUCAUUGUGCCAUCAUAAUUUAAUGUGUUCACAGUUCAAAUACACAGUCAACUGGACUGUGUAUUUGAAUCACAGAAUCAUUAGAGGUCUUUUCCAACCUUAAUUUCUAUGAUUCUAUGACUCAGAUACACAGUCCGGUUGAAGUACACAGGAAGUUCUCUUUCUAUGCUUCAUGUUUCUUUAACUUCCCUUCGAAACAAACAAAUGCACAGGACAUUUUUUGAUAAAAAAAAAAUGCUUGCGUUGGCUAAUGAGUUCAGGUAAAAAAUGACUUUGAAAGUAUUACGUCUCAUUCUGUUCCUACGCUUUUAUGUUUGUAUUAAAGUAUCAAACUCAGCUUCUAAGUUAUAUGACGUAAAUUGCUUUGAUUAAAUUUAAAAGAUAAUUCGUUUAUUCAAUUUAAAAUUUAAAGUUAAUUCAGUCUAAAAAUACUUAGGGUAGACCUUUAAUGGUGUGUGCUGGGUAUUUUUAGCAAGCCAUUUUUUAGUAAGUAUCAAGUCUGUUCCUUGAACCGAGGGAUUGAGCUGUAUACCACUUGUGUUGGAAAUUGAAGGAGGUUUCACAUACUGUGCAAACCCCUCUCUUUCUGUAAUUCACACCUGAAAAUUAAAUCCUUAUAAAAAAAGCUUCCAGAUUUCUUCAGACAUGACUGUUCAGAUAAAAGCAUUUGAAGUAAUCUUGCGAGGUACAUUCCGCUGCUCCUUCUCCACCUGAGCAGCAGACAGAAGGCGCAAACACCCAUGGCUUUUCUUACCAGUAAAACUGUAAAGGUCUAACACAUCUUUUUGAUUCUUCACAUUCAUUUUGGAUGACACUUCAUUUCACUCAGCAAAAGAAUUUUGAUUACUACAUCAAUUUUUACUUUAUAUCUACACUGUAUUAGUCAUGGCGGCGGUCAAAAUUCAGGUGUGAUAUUCUAAUGUUUUGACCUUACCAAGAUGUGAACGUUUGCGACCAGCAGCAUGCAGCCAAGCCUGACACCUGGCUUACGGACUCUAGGUAAUGCACUAGUCUGUGUAAACCCAGAAGGCAAAGUGAUGGUAGCAGCUUCAUUACAAAACCUUACAACAGCACCAGGAGGCGGUGGCUGCAGGCGCUCCGGAUCAGGCACUUUGUUAAAGGAGCAUGGACCAGCAACCUGAAAAAAUCGCAGUUGCUUCUGGUUCUCCUUUAGUUACGGCAGCGCUACUGCUUAGGAGACUGAAAAGACCACAUGUUGAAAAAAAAAAAAAUUAAUCUCAGAUGCAGUUGUUAUAAACAGCUUUUCUCCAACAGAGUUUUCCUUGCUCUGCCUCAUGUGACUAAUCCUCAGCCUGGCCCGUCCAAAGUCGCACUUUCCAGGACUGAAUGAGUUAACGCGGAGCAGCUUGAGGUGCUGCGGCCCUUUAGGCUUUUAUAAUGAAAGCUGAAAAAGACAACGUUUACUGCUAACACUUUUUCCACCUCCAUUUCUAAUGAACAGGACCAAAUUAUAAUUUUUACACUAAUCUUUCCAAGCCUUACAAUACUCGGUAACUAUAAAACAAAUGGGCAACAAGCAGGGGUCGAUAAACCUGAAGCUAUGGCACCUAAAACAUUAUAAUAAGCAACCAGGGUCAAGUGAAAGAGCUCAGGAAAAAAGCAAUUACAUGACAAUGUUGUUUUCUCCAGAACAAAAUAAAGUGUUACCAUACCAUUUUCUGGGUUUUUUUUUCAAAUGUGAUAUGUGAGUUUUGCACAACGGAACUGCGGCAGAAAAAUAACAGAAGUUUGAGGAACUGCUUGUCUGGUUUAUGAAGUAAAAAGAAUUAAAUGAAUUGCAGAUUUUAUGAGUUUUCAGUCUAAUUUUACGCCAAC